AUGGGCCUGAGCGGAUCCGGAUCUACAAAACCCAGGACGAGAGCGGAGGUCAAAGAGCAGGGAAGGGUGCGAGAGUGGGCGAGUUUUUGCAGGCGCAAGACGUAUCUUUCUCUGGAGGAUCUUUCUCUGGAGGAGCGGCCACGGGUUGCAAGGAAGGGCGCUGUCACGCCGUUUUCUCUCCAACUUAUGAGGGUGGAGGGCUGGCGAGUGCCUUCAGUCUUGGUCGACCGUGCUAGCGCCGCCGGCCAUGGACUGCGGUUCUCUGUGAGCGUGAGCUUCUACCAUGCUGGAUCGAAACGGUUCUACGGGGACACGUUCAUGGGAGAGCUCUUGGAUGAGGAGGACGAAGAGCGCGUGGAAGUGGUGUCGGAAAGACGCCAAAGCACUUUUUCUUCGGGGAUGAAAGGGAGAUCUCGCAAGCAACGGGGCCGCUCGAAACCGAAAAACAACCGGAGCAAGAACAACAGCAGCAGUCGACGUCAGGGACGGGGCGGGGAUACAAACGAUGACGAUUCGGACGACCGCGACGACGACGACGAGGAUCAGGAGAUGGAGGUUGCCACGAGGCACGAAGAGCUGCUGUACUGGUACACCGGCUUCGAAGACCCCAACUGCAUUGCUGUCGUCGAGCUGGUGGCCACGGUUAUGGACACGGAGAACGGUGUACAGGAGGGGCAGUACGGGUGCGGUUGGACGUUUAUCCAGUUCUUUGGACCGAACGAGCCGGAGGCGGUACAGCAUAGAGAUGUCUACCACGGGUCCCCGCGAAACCUGCUGUUUUUCGAGCAGGGCGACUGGGGAAGCGUUGGGGAGACCGUUAUCCCCGGAUGUUCCCUCUGGUUCACCCUGUCGGUGUGGGAAGGUCUGCUGAAGGCGAGACACCUGUUUCGCCCUGACGAGAUCGUGUCAGCGGUCGAUGUCCUCCCAGGCACCCAGACUAAACAAAUCACCGUGCCGGGCAAGCCCGCCAAGUUCGGCCCUUUCUUGGGCCUCAAGAUCGACGAAGUUUCAAAGGCCCCGUCACGACGACGCCGAGGAGGUGCGGGCGCUUCUAGAGAGGGGAUGGCCUGGAACAUGUCUCCGGUCCGGCCUCGCCUCGCUGCAUCCUUCGAGUUCCGCCUCUCGGCGCUACAGGUCAUCAUUCCAGGGCGGCAGGGCUACGAGCGAGACUUGCUCAAGCACCUUGGAGAAGACGUCCCAGACCAGGAAAUUGUGAAGACCACGACGCACCAGCACACCCUGGGAUUCUCCACCACACAGCGAGAAGUUGUGACGCCUUCGUCAGGAGGAGGGGGGAGCGGGAGGGGCGAAGGGAGGGGCGGGGGUGGCGGGAAUAGGGCCAAGAUAGUGGAUAGGCGGGCGAAAAUCGGGUUCCACAACGGGCACACCCUGGUUCUGCCGCAUGAGUGGGUGGAGAGUCACCUGGAGGAGACGAACGAGACUGACGUGCUCAUGCUACCGGAGGAGGUGUCCUCUCUAAGCGUCGAUGGCUAUGUGCCCCACCCGCUCUUCGCGCUCGUCGUCCUCAUCGAGUACACCAUCAGGACGAGGCCCAAGGCCGCGGGUGGCGGGCGAGGCGGAGGGGGUGGGGGUAGGGCCAGGAAGGGGGACCCCCUGGCGCAGGCACAGGCAGAGCUCAGUCAUGCCGCCUUGCCCGUGGUCGUGGGAAUGCAGGUCUUCCUCCCGCACGAUGGCAAGAGGCUUCGGCUCCGGAACACCCCUCGUGGCGAAGAGAAUAUGGACAUCAGUCUGAGGCUCGCUGCCGACAAGAAAGUCCGCCUAGUCACCACGGAGCUGGUUUACACCAACAAGAACCACCUCCUGGAUGAGGCGCACGGCGGCGCCAGCGACGGCGAGGACGGGCGAGGUCCGAAGAUGGUCUAUUUCGACCUCAAGGCGUUUGACUCCCAUGGGAAGAGACUACAAGACGAAACGCCCGCCAGCGCUGAUGAAAGCCCGCUCGAAGCUGACUGGGGACCACCGAAGCAAGAAGCGGUAGAGAGCAGCAACGGGACUGCUUCGUCGAGCGUAGAAAGCACCAGCAGCAGCUCUGAAUCGUCCACGGAAAGCUCUUCCUCUUCCUCUUCCUCUUCCUCGAGUCAGAGCGAAACCCCGGCGCCAAAGACGCGGAAACCGACACCUCCUACAAGACGGAAGAAGCCGGCUAAGGUCAAGCGCAAGCGGCCCCCUCAGCAAGAUUCCAGCAGCGACGACUCCGACAGCGUAACCUCUUCCCUCGUGAAAGGAGACAGUGACUCUAGCUUUCUGCGACGGCGCCCCAAGAAGAGGAACGCGCACGUUCAGGCCACGGAUAAGGGCUGGGACGCCUGGAGAAACAGCAUCAAGGUGCCCCGACGCAGCGAGUCAUUGAUGGGUCAAACGCUGCAGGCGCCACUACACGUCGAAGCAUCCGCUCAGACGGCCGUGAUACCGGACCACGAGCCCGGAUUGGGUUUCAGCGGACCGCCGGCAGUGACGGUGGGGGGGUUCGCGCCGCUCCCGCAAGGGCUUUCGAGAGCAAGUCGAACCAGGUUGAGUCGGCACGGCUUCACCGAUGUCAUGAAGGACACGGUAGACUCCUUUGCGCAAACGUCGGGCUUCGACCCCCUUCGCCGCCAGAAUAUUCCGAUCGACCUCGACCUAGAAGUCACCGACCCCCUGGCCAAGCACGAGGUCACUCUUCAGUUCGCCGCUUUCAGAGGACUUUCAAGCGGAGGCAGCGGCGGUGACCGCACCGACAACAGCAGCCACCGAAGUGUCGGGGGUGGCGCGGAUGUCUGGCACGAGGGAGGCGGGGAUAUGGUGUCGUCAAUGCCGACGUCGCUAUACUUCACGUAUCAGUUCUACACGUGCCUUCCGACGAGGACGGAGCGGAUGUUGCUAAGGCCGGAUGGGCCCAAGGAUAGACUAUACCAGGCGGAAGGCGGGGGGGUGUCUCGGCUGAGCAUCCUGGUGAGGGACGGUCGCUACGGGAGGGACGAACCUUCUCUGGGGCUGCGGCACAGCAUCGAUACAACCAUGAUGCAGCCUUUUGAGGCCCACGCCUUCGCGACCUACAUGGCCGGCAGCACCUUGUUCGUGGACGUUUGGGAUGCGGACGCACUCAUGCACAUAGGGACUCUUGCGAUGCCUCUCCGGGAACUCAUGCGGCAGCAGAAAGGGGUAGUGAAGACGGCAAUGGAGUACGAGAUAGUGGCUAGUACCGCCGCCGCGGACAAUAGCGGGAGCGGGAGUGGCGUGGCUGUGAAGCACGGGGCUGUGGGGAAAGGUCCUGUUGUAGGGCUGAUCCAGGUACGAGCACGUCCCCUCGCGGACACGAAUCCGGAGAUUUUGAAGUACAUGGAGGCUGUUUCUGGCCCUAGUUCCGGCGGCGGAAUGGCCAUUUCAAGCCUGGGGCGGAGAGGAAGGGGCGACCCUGACGCCGACAGCAUGGGAUAUGAUGAGCUAAUGCUGUUGGUGAGGCGAUUCCGAGGAUCGGCGAAAGGCAGGGUUUGGUACUCAGGCCCACUGCUCAAACUCCUCGACGUGCCCGGGCGCAAGCAACUGGAGCAGCGGUUGGUGCGAGCUGUAGAACGUUCGGAAAGGUCUGGUCUUGGCUUAGCGGAGGCUUUCCGAGAAAUGGAUCAGAACAGGACGGGCGAAAUCAGCACACACGAGCUGGAAGAAGUGUUCUGGGGGAUGCUUUCGCCCGGAGAGAUGGCGAGAGAGCACCUGAGAGCUUUGGUGAAGGGCAUGGAUCCGGGCGCAACGGGGAAGAUUGGGCUUAGAGAAUUGGUGACCUUCGUCAGCGCGAGGCAGGGCGGCGGUGGGGUAGGAAAAGCAGCGAAAGCCGCCGAGACGGGCCUGAAAAGAGCUCUUGCUAGGGCGGAGCUCGGGGGCAGCUCGGUGGAGGAGGCAUUUUCCCUUUUGGAUAAGAAGGGGACGGAUUCCGUCAGCCAUGCCGACUUUUGGGAGGCCGUUCGCGACUUGGGAGGCGUGCCGGGGUUGGUGAAGUCGGACCUCGACCCCUUACUCCGGCGUCUUGACACGGCCGGCGACGGAAGGGUGUCACUACCUGCUCUCAUGCGAUGGGCCGAGAGGAAGGUCUUGUCGUCCUCUGCUGUCGAAAACGCGGCCCGAAAGAAGAUUUUCAAGGCAGAAGCAGUAGCGUUGAGAGACGGACAGAAAGGCGCGGUCCCGAUUGAGGAGGCUUUCGCGGCAGCCGGAGACCUCUGCGACGCCAUCAAGGUCCUACGGAACGUGCACCUCACGCCAAGAGAGACGGCGGCCUUGAGCAGGCGGUGCGAAAAAGCCGGGGGAAGAGGAAUCGACGUUCCAGCAGCUCUACUGUUCUUUGGUCGCGACGUUCAUUUGCAGUCCAAACCAUUAGAGGACGUUAUUGAGCCCAGCGGUAGCGUUGGGAGUCAGGAGAACAGGGAGAGCCAGGGGGAGACAUUGCGAGAGAAUCUCCAGCAAGCGGAAGACGAGGAGGAGAGGCUAGCCUCGGAGGUCGAGCGAACGCUGAAAAACAUUGUGAUGAAAGCGGAGAGCAUGGGUACGUCACUCGCUGAAGUGUUCGGGGUUUUCGACAAAGAUGGGUCAGGGUUCAUCACCGCUGCCGAGCUGGAGGAAGGCCUUCGAGAACUACGGGUGUUCGAUGCCGUUCCCAGGGAUCAGGUAAUUUCCUUGGCCAGGAAGCUCAAAAGCUCUUCCUCCUUCUCCGGCCGAGACAAUGGCGUUGACAGCGAACUGGUUGUUAGCGCGGAGGAGUUCGUGCGCUUUGUCGGCGGCGAGUACGAGGUAACCGAGGCCGCCCAAGGCCGACUUCGCAGAGUCCUGCAGCUCGCGGAGGAGAGGGAGGGGGUCACCCUGGAGGCUGCGUUCGGGGCCCUUGACAAGAACGGUACAGGAAGCAUUUCCACAGCGGAUCUAGAAGAAGGUCUUCGGCAGUUGAAGGUGUUCGACGGAAUGUCCAAGGAACAGGCGUCCCUGGCAACCAGGCGUUUCGACCAGAACGGGGACGGUGUCAUUAGCCUCUCCGACUUCUUGGCCUUCGCCGGAAAGCCGUACUCUGCUAACGAUCGGCCUCUGGAGGCCAAGCUUAGGAGAGUUCUGCUCAAGGCUGAAUCGAUGGGCGUAUCUAUGGAGGAGGCGUUCAAGCACUUCGACAAGGAUGGCUGCGGCUCGAUCACCGCACAGGGCUUCUCGACGGGUCUCCAGGAGAUGGGCGUUUUCAAGGAAUUUUCGAAGGAGGAGAUUGUUGAGGUAGUUUCCAGCUUCGGCGGCGACGAGGACGGCGCCGUCAGUCUCCCAAAGUUCCUCCGAUUCCUGGGAAAGGAGUACGGAAGAGGUGCCGAUGGGAAGAGUGGAGGAGCAUGGCCGGGAGCGGGGGGGGGGCGAUCUUUGGCUGGGAGGCUACGAUUGAUCCUCAAGAAGGCUCACGAGCUCGGAACUCCUCUGUCGGCGUCUUUCGAAGGGUUUGGAGCGGACGGGAGCGGCCGCCUGUCCGUUCAGCAGCUUCACGCGGCGCUGAAAGAUAUCGGACAGUUUCGUUGGACGACUCUGGGGGAGGUAAAAGGUUUCAUUCGCCUAUUGCAGGAAGACGAAGCCGAGGUCGACGCCGCUCGUCGUACCUCCUCUUCUGACAGUGAAGUGUUUCUGACCCUGCCGGCUUUAGAAGCGUUUGUCGAGGGUGGCGACGCCUUCCUCGCCCGGAAAGAAAGAGCCGCGCUGGCCCGGCGACAAUCUCAGGAGGUGUUGUUGGCUAAGGAACACGCCGGUGCCGAAGCUGCUGCCGCAAGCCCCACUCAAGCCAGGUCGGGCGCGGCAAGCGCUUCUCGUACCCGAGCCAACUCGUGGUUCGCAGGAGAAAAUACGACUGCCGCCGACGCCGAUGGGAGCAGCGGCGCCUACGGCAAGGGAGCCGAGAACGAGCGGGAGUUGCUGGAACGCUUGAGGGUGGUUCUUGCUAGAGCUGCGGGGAAGGCGAGUCGAGACGGCGAGGACAGUGACGGCUGCGGAGGUGCGAGCCUGGACGAUGACGGGGUGCGGGGGCAUCUUGAUUCGUUCGACGUCGACGGCGACGGGGUUCUGCGGCCGGAGGAGCUCGUGGCCUCUCUUCGUAGCCUCGGCGCUAGAGGCGGAGAGUUUCAUGGACGGAAGGGGGUCAACGCCAUCCUGUCCCUAUUCCGCGACGGAACUGAGAGGCCCGCUGCAGGCGCACAAAUCGGGGCGAGUGUCGUGAAGAUAGCUUGGUGGUUUGCGGAACAGACCAGUUCAAAGACAGCAUCGGCAGGUGCUGCUGCGGAGCAUAGCGGUGGUGAGUCCCCCUCCAAUGUCCGGUCGGGCAUGCUGAGGGGCGAGCCCGGCGGCGACCGUGUGAGGGCGGAGACAAGCCGAGUCGGGGCCGGAGAAGCGCUCCGACGAGCCGUGGGGAUCGCAGAAGCGAAGGGAACGACAAUGGAAAGAACGUUCGCUCGCCUGGACGAUGACGGGGACGGUUUCAUAACGCUAAGGCAGCUGCUUCGGGGAUUGGAUCAGCUGGGCGUAUUUAAGAUGGCUUCUCGCGACGAUGUUCUGGACGCGCUGGACGAACUAGAUGCCGAGCGCCAGUCUAGUCCGCCUUCAAGUGGCCGGAAGGGAGGAGAAUCGAAGCACGGCGGAGGGGACAGCGGCACUGGCGGGGUGGACUUGGUCGCAUUUAUCAGGCUCAUGCGCCACCGGCCGCGUCAAGCCCUAGGCGCGGAGGAGACCAGUGGUAGUGAUAUCGCCCAACAAGAAGAAAAAUCGGCGGAGAAUGAGCAGGAGGCAACGUACGAGUACUCACUAGAUCCGGACACCAAAGCCGCAGAGAAGAAACUGCGCAGGGUGGUCGCAAAACAGGUGUGGGCUGGAACGGGGUCGAUAAGUCAACAGGUCAGGCUCGGUGUAGACGUGGAAGGAGUAUUCCGGCGUCACGAUCCCGACCAAUCUGGGUCCAUUCUUCGGUCAGACUUCGUACAGGCUGUCAUGGAGCUUGGCGUAGGGCUAUUGGAUAGCUCAAACUCACGGCACGGAAACCGUCUGGCCGGCUCGACGAGCACAGCCGACCCGGUUCGAAGGAGACAGCUCGGACAGCUGGCGCGGGCGAAGGGUCCCGUAGAGCGAAGGCUCAUGCGGAUGCGCCAGACCAAGAGGGGGUUUCUCUGCGGGGGUCGGCAAACGGACAGGGGUGUUGGAGAAGCGAAGGGGGAUGAGCACGCCGUCGAUUCGUUUGAGGGGGGAGAUGAGAGUCUAGCACUGAUACAGUGGUAUCGUGAAGGGCAAAAAAAAUCAAUGGUGCGCCACAUUCUUGCGACGUCUCUCACCACCGAGUACAAUCUCUUCUUCGCGUUUGCCAGCCCUCUGUUCUUCGAACACCCUCUUCGGAACCCGUUCAACCACGAGGAGCGGUUCAGAGUAGACCUGGAUGAUCAUCAGCUCCGCGUGGUGACCGGCACGAGCGAAUGGGCAUACCUCCGAAGGCAUGUGUCGCCUUGCGUGGGGGACCUCGGAGACAGUCCCGUCGAGACCGACUUCUUCGACGUUGACCCCCAACGAGGCGUCGAGAUAACCCUCAUGGCCCACGAGGUUGUCUUCAUCCCGUUUGCCUUCCUGUGUCUCGAGCCCCGCGGUCUGACACCCGCGCCCUCCACACCCCCAAGGCCGAAACGGUCUUCGAGGGGAAGGGCGGGCGGCACGGACGAGGGCAGGGCAAGCAGGACAUCGAUGGAGGGGGGAGCAGGGACUGCCGAACGCUCUGUCGUGGUGGCGUUCGUUUCGACAUCCCACGGGCACGUUGUUAGCGUUCUGCAGGUGCACCUACAGAGGAGGGAAUUUGUCGUCAACAGGACAUUCAGAUUCUACCAAAGUGAGGGAGAGAUUCUGAAAAGGUAUGUCAAGGGCUCAACCCCACUUUUUUGUGGCGGCAAUCGAUUCGUGAGCCGGGGAGCUGGCGGGGGGUACGCGGCCGAUGUACCACACUACCCGUUCUAUUGUUCGACUGUGAAAGAUUGGAUGGGUUUCGCUCUCUGCCGCAAGCUACAUUCAGUUUUCACUCGCCCCAUGGCGCUAUACGCACUUGGUCGUGACAACGUUGUUUUAUGCCUCUACUGUAUAUUCUGUCUCGUAGACUUCCCGAAACUUCCGUGUGCAUGGAUAUGCAGGUCCAUCCAACUACUCCCGGGCGGGGCCCCCGAGCACCGUCUCUCCAAGCGCGGCAAGGGAUCCCUCGGCGUGGGGAGGGUCUCGCGAGAACCCUACGGUGUGUCCGAAGAUGGAGGCGCGAAAUACAUACACUGCGUGGAGGAGGCGGAUCACCAACAAGGGGCUGAUGACAAGGGCAGGGCUGGGGGUGGGGUGGUAAUCGAGUGGGCUCGGCGGGCCGCUGCGAUGGGAGGCGGUGCAGCGGGUGGUGACGAUGUCCAGGAGGUGCUCGUGAAGUGCAGGGUCGGACAAUUCCCUUCGCGAAAGGGCUUUUAUUUACUUGUGUAUGACGACCACUACCAGGGAUCGCUGUAUGAAACGUGGCAUGUCAUCGUACAGGCAAGGCUGCGGAUGGAUGUGCACUCCCUGCUUGGGCAGCAGAGCCCUGCCGACCUGAUUGUACGGGGCGACCGUUACAGUCGAAAGGUCCGAGCAUUCUCCUCUUGCCCAGCCGAGGUAUCGUUCGAGCCGGCGAAUGCCUUCCAACUCGUCCCUGGAGCAUACAAUCGGGUGGAAUUACGCUUUCGUCCGCUCUCGACAGGCAGCCGAAAAAUCCAUGUCCACCUCGUCGAUGUGGACUCAAUGGAGAUAGUCGGCGCCUGGCUCGCGACGGCCACCGCGAUGCCUCCUGUGAUCACCAAGUCGUACGACGUUGAGCUUCCACUUGGACGUGCUUGCCAUAAACGCAUAGCAUACUCAAACCCUUGGAACACCACAAGGCUUUUCCGGCUUGCUUCUUCGGACCCAAGGAUUCUCCGGCCGCGUUACGAGAGCCUGGAGGUGGCGGGCGGUGGGACUGGUUUCCUCCGUUUGUGGUUCGCUGCCCCGGGGGGCACCAACGUCAGAAAAGAGGCUUUCCUCUUUGUAAACGAUAGCGAGGGACAAAACGAGGAGUGUCUCCUGAUCUGCAUGCGAGGGGGGUGA